CUUGUUUUUCCUGUUGCAUGAUAAGAUUCCAUUUUUUUAAAGGGUCUUUGAGUAUUCAGUUUUCCAUUGCUAAUGGUGGCUAUUUGGGAAACCUGUCAACUAAAGUAUUGGCCUUUAACAUUUUCCGUCUGAGUACUUUGUCAUCAUCUUCAGUUAUUGCACAAUUCUCGAACUGUGCUUUCAACUGAAAGUUUUAGAAAAAUUGCUGCUUUAAGCACCACCCAACUUACUGCAACCUCUAAUGCAACAGCAAGAAGUCUUUUACUUUGAGUAUUCUUGUUAUUGGUUCUGAGAUGGUGAAAAAUUAAGUUCCAACUUUGGUUUCUUGGAAUAUGCCAAGAUGAUCUGUUUAUUUACGGAAGUUAGAGCAAAAAGAUUGGAUUUUAGGCAUACUCAUUUGAAAAUGUCUUGGAUUCACCAUACAAAAGAUGGUGUCUUUGCAUAUGCCCCAUCUCAUUCUUCAUUUGGUCCAAGUUCUAAUUUUCAUACAGCACCUACCCCACCUCCAUCCUCUUCAGGCAACAAAAUUAGUCCAGCUGUUCUUAUCAUUAUAGUCAUAGUAGCUGUUAUCUUUUUCAUAUCAGGUCUACUUCACUUACUUGUUAGAUUUCUUAUCAAAAAACCUUCUUGUUUAGCAUCAUCUGAGUCUAAUAAUCAGCCAGAAGUUUCAACCUCUGAAACCUUGCAAAGACAAUUGCAACAGCUUUUCCAUCAACAUGAUUCUGGUUUAGAUCAAGCAUUUAUUGAUGCAUUACCUGUCUUUGUGUACAAAGAGGUUGUAGGUCCUACUAAAGAGCCCUUUGAUUGUGCUGUUUGUUUGUGUGAAUUCUCUGAUAAGGAUAAGUUGAGGUUACUCCCAACUUGUAGCCAUGCUUUCCAUAUCAACUGCAUAGAUACUUGGCUCUUAACAAACUCAACAUGCCCGUUAUGUCGAGGAACUCUUUUCGAUCCUGGAUUCUUAACGGGGUUCGAUUUUGAUGACCCUAUAGAAGAAGGAGAUCAUGUGUUAUCUGCUGCUCAGAAAACAAUUGAAAUAGAGGAAAGUAAAAGUGUUGUUGAUAAAGCAACUUUUCCUGUGAGACUUGGUAAGUUCAAGAAAUUGAAUGUUGGGGCUGAGGAGGGAGAAGGAGAGACUAGUAGUAGUAAUUUGGAUGCUAGGAGAUGUUAUUCAUUGGGUUCAUAUCAGUAUGUUGUUGGUGAUCUUAAUCUUAUGGUAGACUUGAGCAGUGAGCAAGACGCGUACAAUGUGAAGCUUGCCAAGUUGCGCGAACGGUUUGCCAAUUUAUCAACAGAAGGAGAUGGGGAGGGGAAAAGGAUAGGGAUUGGAACAAAGACUGAUAGCUAUUCUUUUUCCAAGAUUUGGCUUUGGUCGAAGAAAGGAAAAUUUGCAAGUUCUUCAGAAUGCCAAUCAGAGAAUUCACCUCCUAAUACGGAGUUACCAUGGUUAGCGAAAAAAGAAGGCAAUUAAAGGACAUUCUGGUUUAUUUCUCUUUGUUGAUCUUUUUGUUAUCUGAUGGCAUAGGGGUAAUAGAAUUCUUUGAGAUGCUGCAUGAAACUAGCUAGAUUGUAGAGUUGAUCCGUACUUGUAUGUUGUGAAUGCUUUUAUUUGAUUUUUGCCUCUUAAAGUCCUAAAAAAUAUAUAGGUCAUGUGUUAUAGAUUGGUUCUUGGAACAUUAUUACUCUAUUAAACACGAGUUACUCUACUUUGGCUUCA